CGUAGGAAUGGCCAAUCCUUGUCGCUGGUGCAACAUAUCCUCUAGCUUUCUGCUGGAGGCCAACGUAAUAAUAUUGGCAUUGGGCUGUGUCUUUAUGGUGGACCUCUACAAUCAUUUCCAUUUGAAGCGUAACACAUUGCCGCACAUUAACACAUCCCUGAAUAUAUGCCUGAGUGUUCGACUUUUCAUUAUUCGCAGCCUCACCAUUGUGGGUUAUCUAUCGAGUGGCAUAAUGGGCAUAAUUAUUGCCAGAUCGCUGACAAUCUUCAAAUUUGCCAGCUAUGUGCUGCUGAAUUGUAUGACGCUGAUCUUCACAUUGGCGAUCGGACUAUCACAGUAUGUUUAUAAGGCGGAUGGCAGAUACUACUCCAACAUGAUGUUGCAUGAUCUGUGGACGAAGAAUCAUAUUGAGCCGCUGGAGGCUCUAUUCGAUUGUUGUGGCAAGCAUGGUGCUAUCGAUUAUGAGAUUGCCAAUCGCACAUGGUCGAAGGCAUCCUGCUGUGAGUUGCCCAAUUGUGAGGGCUGUGAGAAUAUGUUCUUUGAGUUCCUCAACUCCUUAGAGAUGGAGAUUGCACGUGACAAUAUCAUUUUAUUUGUGUUUCUCUUCAUUGCCUUGCUGCUGAUUAUAGUGCACUAUAUGAAUUUGCAGCUGGAUGUGGAUCCUUAUGUAUCUGAGGAUGAAGAUGAUAUCGAAUCGGAUUCGGAUUCAUCUUCGUUGAAGCAUAAGCCAUGAUACGCAUCAUAAUCUCUGAUUCGCAAGUAAAUAAAAUUGCCGGACUCGCACUCCGGUUUCUUUAUCCUGCAAAA